AUGUUGGUUUCUCCUCUUUUCAGACUUACCUUGCUUCUGAUAGCUCUUGUGUUGGAAUGCUCGGCACCAAAGGCAGACAAAUCUAAAUCAGCUCGUUCUCGAGGCACCAAGUCGACGAUAGGUAAAGGUCUGGUAACGGAUCAAGUAGCGUCCUUCCUCGCGCGUCUAUCAGGCCAAAAACUCCUUUCUCCAAAUCAGGUUAAGUACUGGAUGGAUACUCAGGCCCUUCCGAAUCAUCAAGGUCGAUUGCUCAAUAACUUGUUCCAAAGCGGCACCAAUCGAAGUCCGAGAUUGCUCUCACUUGGAACCAACGACGCGGGGGAUCAUAUGGCAGUCUCCAUCCUCAAGCCAGACAUCGAAACGGCAGCCAUGUUAGCAGGUUCAGAGUACGCGAGACCAAAAGGCUGGAACACUCGUAAUGGUGUGGUCCUAAUGCUCCUCAGAUCGAACGAGCGGCCGAAUGUGAUCGGGUGGCUCUUAAUGAAAAAUCACAACUCUGCGAUGGGCUUGAAAACCUCGUCUGAAAUGGUUUCGCUGGACAACUUCGAAUGGCUUCAUGGAUUGUCGGGCAUCGUCCGUGAGGUGUAG